AUGCCGCUGGUAAACAACAAGGUGGGCGAUGGAGGCACAGUCGGAACAGAGAAGGCUUUGGUUGAUGGGAAAGCUCUGGUAGAUUCUUUGGUGAAGGUGGUGGCAUGUUACAGACACCUGGCCUCGUGUGUCGGUGGCUGCACAGACAGUCUGCAGCUUCGGGAUGAGCUCCGACAAACACGAGAAAAGGCCCAGAAGUUAGCCGUGGACAUCUGCAGUCACCUGACCUCUCACCUCAGAAAUAAAAGCCUCCCUGAGGAGCAGCGUAAGGAGAUGGAGCUCCUCUGGGUGGCCUUCUCCUCCAGCCUGGAGCUCCUCCACCUCGACAUGUGCAAAGUGUUCAACAUGGGUGACACCUUCUGUCUGACCAACACAAAAGUUCUGGUGAAGACUGGUCUGCAAGGAGGAGGCAGUGAAGUGUGUGCUCGGGCCCUCAGUCUGCCGGAUCUGAACCAAGCUCAGACCUCCACCCUCCAUUCAGGUUUGGAGAUCCAGGAGCGCAGCAGCAUGGAGAAGGAGAUCAGUCAGAUAGAUCACAUGAUCGACGACAUGGAGAUGAAGGUGAACGUUCUGCGCUGGAUGGUGGAGCCUCGGGGGCCGAAGCAUGUCGACCAGCUGAGCUGCUCAGACAGCACGUCCUUAGCUCUGAUGUCCAUCGAUGAAGAGCAGCAGGAGCCAAAGUCUCUGUGCCAGCGCAGCCCCAUCUUUGUGUUCUUAUUACUGCUGGUGGUUGUUUUAGUGGCAGCGACUCUCUCUGUCAGCAUUGUCCUUUUCUCAUGA